AUGCUUAACAUCUUAACGUCUUGGCACUCCCUCGGUAUGUACCGCGACCAAGGGAUCCCACGCACAAUUCCCGGCGGCUUUUACACCUGCACGACGUCUGCAGCAAUUGGUCCGGGUCCCAGGAGACGGGUUUGCGGAUGUAUCAUUGGCUUCACCGCUCAUUUUGCUCGUUCACCAGCGGUAGCGAUCGAGUGCUGGAGCACAGAAGUCGGCGACGUGCGUCUUGUGGCGGGGUUGCAGCUUCCAAAGCCUGGAGUGCUUUUGUUGGAUGCUUUGCUGCUCAUCUUCUGGAGAACCAUAGAUGAUCUCACCGCGCGUCCGCACUCGCUUGCCCUGGCACGCUGUCUGACCGCGUCACCUGCUACCACCCGUGUCAACCCAGAUUUCCUCGACCCACCACCCCUCUCAUCAUCUGCGGAAGAAAUAGCUCGCUCCACCAGCGCGACACUCCUUUCAAUCUCGUCUCCGGGAAACGUUAGGGGAGAGCGCCCCUGCGUCCGCUAA